GUUCCGCACGCCAAUCCGACUUGACAUUUGUGUAAGCCCCGAUUUGGCGCUGGACUCAGCAGCCCUCUUGAACGAACUUGCGUGGAGGAGGCUUCAAGCAGAGGCCAGGACAGGACAUGCCAUCUGAUCAGAGCACCUGGUUGAUUGCUGUUCCUCAUGAUGGUGAUGCAGAAGGCUUGUUGCCCGAAAUUGCGACCAAACUCUCCCAAUUGUCACGAUCAUCCUCGAGCACCGUGGCAGAACUGGGUAUACCUUGUUUCAAGACAGGAACACUAGACUCCCUCAUUGCGUUGUCUGAGGAGCUCCCAAAGCAGGACGCCUUCUUCACUUCCGUCGUUGCCAAAACCGUCGAGGCUCUGCGCAACCUCCUCAACAAUGACCCUGUCAAACUCGCGCAGCAUAUCGUGAUUGAUGAGAGAAGCGUUGAUGACUACCUUCUGAAGGGUUGGAGGUGGAACGAGGGGAGAUACAACAUACAGCGGAGCCUCCGUGAAACCGUCGAUCUUCUGAACAAGGAAAUGGCCUCUAUUGACAGCAUGAUGAAGGCCAAGCUAAACAACUACAACCUUGUUAAGGGUUCCCUCGUGCAGAUGCAACGAAAGAAGACGGGAAACCUGUCUGUACGGUCUCUCGUGGAUGUUGUGUCCAGGGAAUAUAUCAUCCAGGACUCGGAAUACCUUGAGACCUGUUUCGUGGCGGUACCAAAUGCUCUGAAGAAGGAGUGGAGUUCGAGAUAUGAACGACUAACAAGUAUGAUUGUACCACGUUCGUCGAUGCUCAUCGCCUCCGAUGACGAAUAUAGCCUUUUUGGUGUCGUCGUGUUCAAGAGGGUACACGACGAAUUCGUCCAGAAAUGUCGAGAAAAUAAGUUCAUUGUGCGCGAUUUCGUCUAUUCCGAAGAAAAUAUAUCCAAAGAACGCGAAGAGUUGUCUGUGGCUGAUGCAACCGAGAAGGAGCUUUGGACAGAGCUCCUGCGAGUGUCUCGCACGAAUUUCUCGGAGUCCUUCCAGAUUUUGGUGCACCUUAAAGUUCUACGACUCUUCGUAGAGAGCGUUCUUCGAUACGGUCUACCAGCUGACUAUAUGGGUCUAGCCAUCAAGCCCGAUCCCAGAUAUCUCAAGAAAACAUUCAACGUUCUCACGAGUCAACUGAACUACCUUGCACCUCGUUCUGGGCGUUCCAGCAAGAAAGACAAGGGAGGUGGCGAGGAGUUCAUUGGAGAAUACCAGGCGUUACUGGAGCAAGAAUUUUACGACUUCGUACUGUAUGAGGUACCAUGGAUCAUUUAUUGAUUGCAGAGCUUUUCGCAUGGCCGAUUUGAAACGUGGCUCUCACUCACCAGUUUAUUGGCUAUUUUUAUCGACAUUAGUUGAGGGAAGUACCCCUUCACCACGCCUGCCACAGUACUUUUUGAGCAUAUCUGUUGGUCUCACUGUUCGGCCAGACUCUAUCAGAUGGAU